AUGAAUGAUAAAGUCGAUGAUAAAUUAAAACAAACAUUUUUAAAUCAAACUCAAAAAUUAAUAAUUUCAACUGGAAAAUUUGUUGAAGAUUUUCAAUCUAUACUUAAAACAAUUAAACAAUCAGAUCAAUAUGAAUAUUAUCAACAUUUAUUUAAAUCUACUCCAGUAUCAUCAUCUGAUGAACAUAAAUAUGAAAUAGAUUAUUUAAGAAAAGGCCAAUCUGCAUGGGAAAAACGAAUAGUAAAAAGUUUAAAUACAAUGUGUACUGAAGUUAAUUUACCACUUGCACGACAAAGAAAUGAAAAUGAAAUGCGAUCCGUAAGAAGACAUUGGAAUGAACUUGGUCAUAUUUGUGGAGAUUUAAAUCGUUUUCGUCCUGUUUAUUCGGCAAAAGAUUUUCUUGAUGUUAUUUGUGUAUUAGUUAAUCCAAAUUUAAAAAUUGAUGAAUCACUUUGGAACUGUGGUUUAAUUAAAAUUCCAUUAGUAACAAAAAGUUUUGUUGAAAUUAAAAAUUUAUAUUCGGAUCUUCGUCCAAAUAUAAUUCAAUAUUGUUCUGAUGAAACAUUUAAUGAAGCUAAAGAAGAAGAAAAUAUUAAAAUAGCAUUACAAAUUCUUGAAAAAAAACCAAAUUUAAAUGGUGUAAGAGAAUAUGCACGACGUGGUUGUCCAACAAGUCUACGAGGAAAACUUUGGUCAAGUAUGUUAGAUGUUGACCUUUCCAAUUGGGUAUAA